AUGGCUUCAGGCGGUAUUUCCCAAAAGAGCUCGUCCAGUUCACUGGAGUCUGUUUUCGACCGGUCCUCCUCCGGCACAGACUCGGACGUGGCAUACGAAAGCGCAUCCGUACCACGGCCUGAACGCGGAGAUGAGCAGUAUGUCCUUGUUACAGGAGGACUGGGGUACAUCGGCAGUCACACCUGCCUGGAGCUGUUGAAAUCAGGAUACAACGUUCUCAUCGUCGAGGACCUGAGUAACAGUUACCCCCAUAUCUUUCUUCACAUAUUGGCAGUCGCGCGGGACUAUCAUACCGCUCGACAAACUGUCCUCCCCAGGGCAAUUCUUUCAGUUACCGACUAUGGCGAUGUACCGGCGAUGGGGGCCCUCCUUGAUGCAUACGUCUCCGGACCAGCAGGAGCAGCACAGAACCGCUCAAGGAUUAUAGGCGUUAUCCAUUUCGCUGCCUUCAAGCAGGUGGAAGAGAGCAUCUGUGAUCCCUUGAAAUACUACGAAAACAACAUUGCCCGGCUGCUUGGCCUCCUGAGGCUUCUAGACGAGUUCAACAUCAAGACCUUCAUCUUCUCUUCGUCUGCCAGCGUCUACGGCUCCCAGGCAGGGGCCGGUCAAUUGCUCCGCGAGGAAGACUGUCUCCAUGAGCAAGAAGUGACCGACUUCUCAGCUGGCAAUGGUCUUCCGCCUCAUCACAAGUCGACUUUUUCAACCAUAACCAACGCCUAUGGUCGCACCAAGCUAUUCGGAGAAGCCAUCCUGGCUGAUCUCGUGCGCAGCGAUCUCUCAUGGAAGAUCAUCGCCCUGCGCUAUUUCAACCCCAUUGGCGGCGAUGCGUCCGGACUCCUAGGCGAGGAGCCCAAGACCCCUUCGACGACCCUACCCGCGGCCCUGAGCGGGGUUAUGACAGGUCAGAGUGAGAAAGCAUACAUAUACGGCAACGACUGGGACUCUCACGAUGGGACCCCGGUUAGGGACUUUAUUCACGUCACCGACCUGGCCCGCGGGCACAUUGCCGCGCUAGAAGCUGCUAUACAGGGCCGUGUGAAGGAGAGCUUUCGCACAUUCAAUUUGGGCACCGGGUCGGGUCAUUCCGUCCUUGACCUUAUAAAGACACUGGAGGGUGUUUCGCGUCGGUCGAUUCCUUGUGAUGUCGCGGGGAGGAGGCCGGGCGAUGUGGUGUCUUCUGUUGCGAAUACCGAGCGGUCAGCGCAGGAGCUGGGAUGGAAGACGGAAUUGACACUGGAAGAUGCUUGCAGUGAUCUUUGUAAUUAUUUGGAGAACAGGCAUAGCUCGUGUGGGUGCUCCUGA